UCCAGUACAAUUCACUAUUAAAACUAGUAUUACCGUUGCUAGGAAAGGCAUAGUGUUAAACCUUAAUAGGCGUAUACCAUCGUCUUAAGAAGUCUAUAGAAAAAUAUUUACGUGAAAAGUGGCAAAUAUUAACUUUUAAGCACUACAGUAUUAGAAAAAUUUAAAUUACUUUAUCAAAAUGCCUCUUAAAGUGUGGUCAAAGUUUUCGGUGAAAAAGGGCGGUAAUGUUAUCAAUCUACGUAUCGUGGAUAUGCCUGACAAUCUUUACGAAAAGGUUACAAACUUAUACAUGAAUUAUUAUGUGAAAGAGGACCCUAUUUUUAAAGCUUCUGGUCUUCUAAAAAGUGCAGCAGCAUUAGAAGAACUUCGUGAGAUGAUGCAAAAAUUCACAAACGGAGACGGAUUGCACUCUGUGAUAUGUUGUAUUGACAACGGAGACGACCAGGUCAAUGACCCCAUUGCUGCUUCCAUGAUGGCGUUGACGAAUAAAGGAGAUCCUGAACCUAAGGUGAGGUUUUGACCUUGACAUUU